AUGCAUCGUCUUUUUGCUGAGCUGGAGCCAUCUUUAACCGUCACAGAGCAAAACCUGGCAGACCGAGUUCGGUAUAUCUUGCGCUCAAAUAUAUUUGAUGUCGCCGAACUCGAACGGCUACGACGUGAGGCUGUUCCCUCGUCGGAUGAGAAUGCUACGGCUGAGGAUGCGGCGCCACAAAUGGUAGAGCAACCCGCAAACGUGGAUGCCGCCGUGAAUACCCCAGUUGUGGUUGAUUCAAACGAUGAUGGAACAGUCGCCCAGGAACAGGAAUUAGAGCAUAUGAGGAGUACAUUGGAAGAGGCGAUUGUGGAAACGCGCAGUACGCCUCUCGAAAAUCGACCGCGACUUCCCCGCAUAGCCCUAAGCAAGCGGAAUCGGGCUGUCGUGAGGGCUCUGAACCCAAUGCUGGUGACCUAUUUGGAAGCCAGCCGGGACCUUUGCGAGACGGACUCAAUUCUUUUUGGCGCCGCGCUGGCAACCUGCCGUAUCAUAGGCGCCAAGGUUUCCACGGCUGGACGCGCUACUGGCCAUAGUAGCGCUAUCCCAGCAUGGAGAAGAAGAAUUGAGGAACGUAUCGCAAAGGCUAGAGCUCUCAUCGGCAGACUGAUAUGCUUCAGAUCAGGCAACAACAGGCCAAGAAUUGUGCGCACCGUCAGGAUGGCGUUUGCUGGGACAAAUGUCAGUUUGUCCCAGCCGGAUAUAACGCAAAAACUGACGGAGCGCAUAGAUGAUCUGAAGCAGAGAAUCGCUGCUUGGGGAAAACGGAUUCGGCGAUAUACCGAGAGGUCGACACGGUUCAACCAGAAUCGUCUCUUCCAGAGUGAUCAGAAGAGGCUCUAUGAAUCAUUGGAGCGACCAAUGGUAAGUGGAACGGGUCCAGCACCGAAUCAGGCCGACACUGUAGCAUUCUGGCGCGGCGUGUGGUCAGAGCCCGUAAACCACAGCGAGGGCCCUUGGACGGAAGUUGUGGCGAGUCAGUGUGCGGGUAUUACGCCCAUGGACCCCGUCAUCAUAACGCCGGAUGACGUAGCUGAGGCGGUCCGUAGGGCCCCGAACUGGAAAAGUCCGGGGCUUGACGGGCUGCGUCACUACUGGCUGAAGGGGUUCAUGGUGUGUCACUCUGUGCUUGCCCGACAGUUUCAAGAGGCUCUCAACCAGAAGUCGCUCCCAAGCCUCUUCACUACUGGGAUCACUCAUUUGGUUCCUAAAGACCAGAUAGCAGAUGUCCACGGGCUGCAGGUGCCGCUUACCAUACGAUGGACUGUUGACAAGUAUCUCGCUUUAUUAACAAAAUAUAGUUUUGAAACUAUACUAUAG